AUGAUGCGAAGCAUUCUCGUCACCCUCCCCUUCCUGUCCGGCCUCGCUGUCGCCGUGGCUUUCCUGUUCAACUGGUCAGCGGCGCUGGACCGAAGAGCUCCGGUCUACCUCCAGAGGCGAUUCGUCAACUCCACCGAGCUCGAUGCGUGCAAAGCCAUCUCGGCCGCCAAUGUCAAGGUCGUCUACCCUCUCGACCUCACCUACUACAGCCUGAUCGAGCACUACAUGACAACGUCGACUCAGCAAUCGACGUGUGUCGCCGUGCCAGCCUCGCCGGCCGAUGUGUCGGCGACCAUCAAGAUUAUCGGAAGCAAGCGCAUCCGCUACGCCGUUCGAGGCGCUGGUCACGCUUCCAACCAGGGCUUCUCGUCGACUCCUGGUGUGCACAUCAGCAUGAACAACUUCCAGCAGGUCAACCUCAGCGGCGACAAGAGCACCGUCGACGUCGGCCCCGCCAACAUCUGGGAUAAUGUCUACCAGGGCCUUGAGGGCACCGGCGUUGCAGUUGUCGGUGGCCGUGUCUCUGGCGUCGGUGUCGGCGGCUUCAUCACCGGUGGCGGUGGCUACAGCUACAAGACCAACCAGUACGGUCUCACCGGUGACACGCUCGUCUCGGCUGAUAUGGUUCUUCCUGACGGAACUAUCACCACGGCAUCAGCUUCGCAGAACCCUGACCUCUUCUGGGCCAUCCGAGGAGGAGGUAACAAGUUCGGCAUCAUCACCAACUUCAAGCUCAAGACGGUGCCACAGGGCCAGGUGUACGGUGGUCUGCGCACCUACACGGCGGACCAGGUGGAAGCGGUCGUCAACGCCACUUUGGAGUUCUCCGAAAACAGCAAGGAUCCCAAGGCUUCGCUUCUGCCCACCUUCAACUUCCUCCUCGGACAGCCCGGUGUGAUUGCGCUGGCCUUCUACGACGACCCCAACCCUCCUGCCGACGCAUUCCGUCAAUUUGAUGCUGCCACGGGCCCUCAUGCCUUCACGAAUGACUGGAAGCAACGCACCAUCCUCGAUCUGGUCAAGAGCGCACCCUCCGAUGUCCAGUCUGGUCAACGCGGAGUGUUCCACACUGUCUCGUUGCAAAAGUACAGCAAGGGCCUACUCGAUUUGAUCGUGAGCGAGUCCAAGUACUACGGAGGCCAGGGCAUCCUGCACAGCGCCUCGCUCAUUUCGUAUGACGUUGAGCCGUUCCUGCCUUACUCGCAGUUCGCCAAGGACGCCGCAUGGCCUCACAGCACCAACGCCCUGCCUCUCAACCUCUACUUUGCCUGGAACAACCCUGCGGACGAUGCCUUCUGGCAAAAGGCCAUCAAGGAUUCGGCUGCCAAGAUCACGGCGCUGGCUAAAAGCGAGGGCCAGAACCUGGACGACAAGUACCUCUAUCCCAACUACGCCGCCGCCUUCACGCCUUCUUCGCAGAUCUACGGUCCCAACCUCGGCCGUCUCUCUGCUCUCAAGAAGCAGUACGACCCUCAGGGCGUGACUGACCUCACCACCUACUUCCCCUUCUAA